GAGGGUGUUAAGCAGUGAGAAACGCAACUAUUUUGAUAUUAGAAACGAUUUCCAAGAAUGUAAAACGUGCAUACUACACUUAACAAAAAUUUCGUCCCGUGCAUGUAGCGUGCUUUAUAUUAGAAUUAACACUUAAGUCCCUCCCACAUCAGGGUUGGACCACAAUCCAGAAACUGUAUUGAUUUGUAGUUAGACAGCCUCAUAGCUCAAAUCAUCCUCGCCAUUCAGCUAAAAGCGCAUUUGAGUGCACAAGACAGCUCACGCGCGGCAAGCAACAGCGUUUGCGAGUGUCGCGAAUAUGCCGUCAGACCAAGAAGUGCUGACACCUGCGCAGGUGCGUAUGUUGCAGGUACAGCAACAACUAAUUCAGUCACAGUUUCAAGAGCAAAAUAAAAAGAAAGCGGAAGAAAGAGCAGCUCAUGCGAUCUCGGCAUCUAGCAGCAACCAGGGUGAUAUGCAUGGAAAUGAAAGGGGUGACGGUCAGAUUCUUGAGAAUAUUCCCGAGGAUAGUGCAUCUCAUGCAGGACAGUCGCACAGCAACAAUUUGGGUGAAGCACAAAGCACGGGGUUGAGUCAAAAAAAUUUGGCGGCAUUACCAAGUACAAAGCCGAACAAAGCAGCUGGUGUCCCACAAAAUGGACACAUGUAUAACCCUCAUGGACUUAGUGCGAGUACAUCUGCAAUCAACAACUCAGCUGUAAACGUGAACGCCACUGGUAUGAUUCCUUCAGAGAGUAUGCAUCUAUACACUGAUCCAAGAAGCACAUUGCAUCUCAAUCAAGGGAAUGGCCAAGGCGAGAGUCAGACCACGUUCAUUGACCCAAGAUUACGGGGUGUCCCCGCUGAGAGUAUGCAUCUGUUCGUGGAUCCUCGAAGCGUCCAAAAUGUAUCAAAUACCGGUGGAACUAACGCACACAUGUACCAACAGGGAUAUAUGCAACCGAUUCAGUCCAACCAGACCCUGCAAUUGGAUCCCCAUACUCAAGCGCAGCUUCAGUCUCAGAUACUUCAAAACAAUGUGGCAGCACAAAGACAGGGCGUGCCACCGCCUGCUGCGGGAUACAAUUCCAUGUAUGAAUUGGGCUGCAAUGAUAAUCUACCUGUAGAUGAUGUUCAAAAGCCAAAGACCAAUCCCUUAUCGCCAAGGACCCGGAAACUAUACUACAGUCUCGCGAUUGUAGGGUUCCUCUUCUGGGUCAUAGGCUUGGUGGGUGUAUCGGGUACAACCUCUUAUACCUCGGACCUGCUAGGAGGAUACGACGUGUUGAGUAGAAACCACCUGCGAAUGGCUUGGUUCAGUUUCUGGCUGUUUGUAUUCAUCUUGUUUGUCACCAUAAUCGUCGUGUACCUCCGGGGUAUGAACUCGUCGCGGGCCCUGCUGAUGCCUGUGUGGACCAUCACCAUUCUGACCUUGAUAAUUGCCGCGGAUUACGCACUUACGCUAAAUGACCAGCUCACAUUUGUGCCAACCAAUGAGGGGGAUCUGAUCCAGGCGAACAACGCCUCCUACCUAUCGACAACGAGCAAUUAUAUUGUAGUGACCUAUAUAGGUGCUAUAUUAAUGGUCAUUCUAAGCGCCUUCGUCUUGUUCUUGACGGCCUGCUAUGACAGAACGCAAUUCCUUCGAUAAACCGGGUAUAAAAGAUCAGCCUACAGACAAAAUUAGCACGACGGCGAUUGAUAGAUCAACUCAGUAGUUUCCUUGUAAAUAUAAAUUGAAUUGUUGCAUGUACUUCACUUUGGGGUGCUAUCGACGUGAACAGUAAAUGAAACCGAAGGUUUCUCGCCUGAAAAUUUGGCGUAGUUAUAAAAUUAAUAUGUGC